UAGCCAUCUACCAUUGGAAGUCAAAAAAUGGCUGCUCCUUUGACACGUACAUCUUGGUCUAUUUUAAAAAGAAAUCAGUUCCAGUAUAAACAAUUUCUAACAGUCUCGUGCGUGGAUCGUUUUUCACAGUACAAACGUUCAUACACACAGGAUCAAAAAUCUCGAAUUUCCGACAAAACAAUUAGAAAUACCUUAUUUUGUACCAUUUUCUUCUCCGGUGUUGGUUAUAUUCUGUAUAAAUGGAAGGACGAUUAUUGGAAUCAGCGCAGCAACUUGAUAAAUCCGAUGUCCACAAUACAUGCUAAACAAAUUUCCUGGGAUGGAAAUAACAACAAUAAUAAUAAUAGAGAUAGAUAUAAUUUUAUAGCCGAUGUGGUAGAGAAGUCAGCUCCUGCAGUGGUGUACAUAGAGAUUCAAAACAAGAAAGGUAGACCAUUUAAUAUAAGCAACGGAUCUGGUUUCAUUGUUGAAUCAGAUGGUCUGAUAUUGACAAAUGCUCAUGUUGUUAGUGCUAAGCCUAAUACAACUGUUAAGACAAAUUUGCCUGUAAUGAAGCUUGGUUCUUCCUCAAAUCUUAGACCAGGAGAAUUUGUAGUGGCUAUUGGAUCUCCAUUAGCUUUAAGUAACACAAUAACAAGUGGUGUAAUUAGCAGUGUGAACAGGCACAGUCAAGAACUUGGUCUUCUUAAUAAACAAAUGGCUUAUAUUCAAACAGAUGCUGCAAUCACUUUUGGAAAUUCAGGGGGUCCAUUGGUUAAUUUGGAUGCAGAAGCAAUUGGUAUAAAUGCAAUGAAAGUAACAUCUGGCAUUUCUUUUGCAAUACCUAUAGAUUAUGCUAAAGAUUUCUUAAAAAAAGCAGAAAUGCGUAAGAAAGGCAGAGAUUCACAGUUUGGUACAAAAACUCAAUAUAUCGGAGUCACAAUGCUCACUCUUACCCCCGAUCUUUUCUUUGAAUUGCAAAAAAAAUUGAAAGGAGUUCCGUAUAACAUCAGACGUGGAGUUUUGAUCUAUAAAGUCAACGAGGGAUCGCCAGCACACUUAGGAGGUUUACAAGCUGGUGAUAUUGUAACGCAUGUCAAUGACGAAGAGGUAGAAUCUUCCGCUAGUAUCUACAAAGCCAUAGAAUCAUCCAGAAUUUUGAGAAUGACUGUGAUCAGAGGUCUAGAAGUGUUACAUUUACGAAUCGAACCGGAAGAAAAUUAAAUUUGUAUCUAGUUCUGUUUUUACAUUGAAAUUAAAAUUGAAACAAAUUUCUCUCUCCAAAUAUAUCAUUAAUAUUCUUUAUGUAAUUUAUAUCUUUUUUCUUUAAUUUUGUAACGCAGCGAUACUACGUAAUACAUACAUUGCCUUAAUGUUUCCCACACGAUGAUCACCCGUCUAAUAAAAAAUAAACUAUAUUUAAUAAGAUUUUAAUGACUCAUAGUUUAGUGUAAUUUAAGUUGAAUCAUCUUUAUUUUUUAAUUUUAUAUUUUUUGGUUGUCACGAAGACUAAUAUCGUAUCACAAUCUUUGUUAUAACAGAAAACUUCUUUCUGCAUAUAUAUAUUUACGCGCAUAUAUACUCCGGGUGUGGUCCAUCGGCAUUAUGUUUAUGUUGUUUACGACAUAGGCGACCUCCGCAAAUAUGUAGCCGGAUCUCGAGAAGUGUAGGCGUGGUCCAAGUGGCUUCUA